UUGCAGAAUAAUUAUCUCCUGAAGCCAAUCACCAUGAGGAGUGUCAGAAUAUCCACUCUCCAUCUGACAACCCUACUUACAGGUGAGAGGAACAACCACACAUCAUGAAUAUCAUGAAAAUAUACUGUGAGGUAUAACAUCACUAGGGCCUGAGUCUUUCCUGGUUAGGUUACAUGGUAGGGAAAAACUCCUGGACUAAUUUGCCAUUGAGAUUGUUCUUUAAUCUGGAACACAAAGAGCAUCGAUCAGCUUAAAAGGAUCUGUCAUUAACGGUGCAUCAUCAUCCCUCCUUCAUAGCCCUCCAGACUGUUCACAUCCCUCAUCACUGUGUAAUUGGAUGGAUAUCUGAGUUGUUAUUGCUAUCUUAACCUUUGACCCUUGGCCUGGGGAUCUAGCUAUUUGACCCCAAACCUGACCUUUCCUUGUUUGUGUUGACUGCAGCUCUUCUACACUUCUGUCCUGAGUUCUGUUGCCUGGAGAUCUCCCCUAGCAACAGUGAAGUCGUCAUGGCAGCGGGUGACUCAAUGAUCUUUACCUGUUCUGGCUGGGGGACGGUCGGAUGGAGGUUCAAGCGGGAUGACAACGUUCCCUAUUUUGGAGUGGAGAACCAGAACACAACCAGUGUUCUCAUUCUGGACAACGUGACGUGGAGCCAAACGGGAGUAUACGUCUGUGCCGAGGCUUGGACUGACGAGACUACAGAGGUGGCAGUCUUUGUGCCGGGUGAAAACACUGUUAUAACUUUAAAAUUAGAUUAAGAUCAAUUUAUUGGUCAAUUGCACACAAGGUCCAACUGAAAUUGUACUUCCGCUUUUAACACAACCCCUUCGAUAGACACACAUACAGUACAUACAGGUUUUUUGGAGAGGUGCGCAGGGCUGCCACACUGGGCACCCGGCGAGCUGCUGUGGUGGUUAAGUGCCUUGCUCAAGGGCACAACGGCAGGCAAUGACACCAGCGACCCUCCGGUUGCCAGCUCACUUGCCUUCAGAUCUUUCCCGUUGGACCCGGGAUUCAAACUGGCAACCCUCUGGUUACUGGCUCGUCUCUCUAACCGCUAGGCUACCUGCCGCUCCCUUUACACUCUGUCACAGCUAUUGUACUUUUACAAAGAUAGGUUAGGUUAGAAAACUGUUAUGUUCCCACUGCCCAGGCAAAUAUUGGAUCUUGUAACAGAGAACUCAGCUUAUAGGCCUCAAUAUCUAGGUUCAAUCGUCAUAUAUUUAGUAAAUAUUUGUAUCCCUCACAUGGAGUGAAAUGAUUCCUCUUAUCCCUCAAGUGAUGCUAAGUCUUCCCGUCCCUCGCCUUCCUCACACAGACCCUGAUGUGUGGUUCAUUGAGAGUUCCCACGGCAUGGUGACCAAGACCAGCGAGGAGGGGACCAUCCCCUGUGUGGUCACCAACCCCCAGAUCAACGUCACCCUCUACGAAAGGGACAGUGACAUGCACCUGAAGGGGGUCUACAUCCCCAGUGAGGGCUACAGAGCGCCCCUGGAGGACAGGACCUAUGUUUGUCGAGGAGAGCUGAACGGGGAGGAGAAAGAGUCCCAGGCUUUCUAUGUCUUCAGUAUUGCUGGUGGGUACCUGGCUGAGGCUGGGGGUCAGAGAUGGGGCUGGGGAUUGUAACAACAAAGGAGACUAGAGGCUAGAGACCUAGCGUUUCAUGACAUGCAUUGUACUGUACAGGCCAUGUAUUUCUUUGUUGAUAUGCAUGUCUGGCUGUAACAAAGACAGUAUUGCAAGGGUAUCAAUCUAUGGUCUCACUUAAAAGGCUAUCAAGCUGCUGUAUAUCAGUGAUAUUGCUGAGUAAGCAAUAUGUUCUCUUUCACCUUGAGGUAAUGUCUCAAAAAUAACAAGGAACUCUUUAUCUCUAUCCCUCUCUCUCUCCCUCAUGCCCUCCCUCUCUCUUUCUCUUCUUCUCUUUCCACACACUUCCCGUGUUAGUCCCGGAGACGAUCGACGCCUACAUCAAUGCGUCCAAGACGGUGCUGAAGCAGGGCGAGCCUCUGACAGUGAACUGCACGGUGCACGGAGUGGAGCUGGUCUACUUCUCCUGGGACUAUCCCAAUAGAGAUGUGAGUGGGAGAGAGAGAGAACAGGCGCAGAGUAAAUUACGUCAAGAUGUCUGUGUAGCCACACCUAGAUGUGUUACAUCCCCAGGAAAUCUCAUUCAUGACAGACACAUGGUUUUCAUAUCAUCGUUCAUAAUACAGUACAUUUAUGGUGGUGAAAGUGUUUAAGUUUGAAGGCCCUUGAGAUAGGAUUUCACUGAUAGAUAUACAGUUGAAGUCGCAAGUUUACAUACACUUAGGUUGGAGUCAUUCAAACUCAUUUUUCAACCACUCCACAAAUGUCUUGUUAACAAACUAUAGUUUUGGCAAGUCAGUUAGGACAUCUACUUUGUGCACGACACAAGUAAUUUUUCCAACAAUUGCUUACAGACAUAUUAUUUCACUUAUAAUUUACUGUAUCACAAUUCCAGUGGGUCAGAAGUUUACAUACACUAAGUUGACUGUGCCUUUAAACAGAUUGGAAAAUUCCAGAAAAUGAUGUCAUGGCUUUAGAACUUUCUGAUUGGCUAAUGGACAUCAUUUGAGUCAAUUGGAGGUGUACCUGUGGAUGUAUUUCAAGGCCUACCUUCAAACUCAGUGCCUCUUUGCUUGACAUCAUGGGAAUAUCAAAAUAAAUCAGAAAACAAAUUGUAGACCUCCACAAGUCUGGUUCAUCCUUGGGAGCAAUUUCCAAAUGCCUGAAGGUACCACAUUCAUCUGUACAAACGAUAGUACGCAAGUAGAAACACCAAGGGACCACGCAGCCGUCAUACCGCUCAGGAAGGCGGCGCGUUCUGUCUCCUAGAGAUGAACGUACUUUGGUGCGAAAAGUGCAAAUCAAUCCCAGAACAACAGCAAAGGACCUUGUGAAGAUGCUGGAGGAAACAGGUGCAAAAGUAUCUAUAUCCACAGUAAAACAAGUCCUAUAUCGACAUAACCUGAAAGGCCACUCAGCAAGGAAGAAGCAUCUGCUCCAAAACCGCCAUAAAAAAGCCAGACUACGGUUUGCAACUGCACAUGGGGACAAAGAUCGUACUUUUUGGAGAAAUGUCCUCUGGUCUGAUGAAACAAAAAUACAACUGUUUGGCCAUAAUGACCAUCGUUACGUUUGGAGGAAAAGGGGGGUGGCUUGCAAGCCGAAGAACACCAUCCCAACCGUGAAGCACGGGGAUGGCAGCGUCAUGUUGUGGGGGUGCUUUGCUGCAGGAGGGACUGGUGCACUUCACAAAAUAGAUGGCAUCAUGAGAAAGGAAAAUUAUGUGGAUAUAUUGAAUCAACAUCUCAAGACAUCAGUCAGGAAGUUAAAGCUUGGUCGCAAAUGGGUCUUCCAAAUGGACAAUGACCCCAAGCAUAUUUCCAAAGUUGUGGCAAAAUGGCUUAAGGACAACAAAGUCAAGGUAUUGGAGUGGCCAUCACAAAGCCCUGACCUCAAACCGUUAGAACAUUUGUGGGCAGAACUGAAAAAGCGUGUGCGAGCAAAGAGGCCUACAAACCUGACUCAGUUACUUCAGCUCUGUCAUGAGGAAUGGGCCAAAAUUCACCCAACUUACUGUGGGAAGCUUGUGGAAGGCUACCCGAAACGUUUGAAGUCCACCCAAAGCUGAAAUAAAUCAUUCUCUCUACUAUUAUUCUGACAUUUCACAUUCUUAAAAUAAAGUGGUGAUCCUAACUGACCUAAGACAGGGAAUUGUUACUAGGAUUAAAUGUCAGGAAUUGUGAUAUAUUGUAAUAUAAUAUAAUAAUAAUAUGCCAUUUAGCAGACGCUUUUAUCCAAUGUAUUUGGUUAAGGUGUAUGUGUAUGUAAACUUCCGACUUCAACUGUACAUGUGGAUAAAAUCAACACAUCCUGUUAAACUUGUAGAAUCUGAUAUUACUCAGUUUGUACUUCCAUAGCCUUCUCUUAGAAGGAAUAAAAAAUGUAUGCACCCCUUUCCUCCCCUUUGUCUGUCAGGUGGACUCCAUUGAGCCUCUGACUGACGUCCUGUCAUCGCAGAGGAUGCGCUCAUGCCUCAUAGUCUCCAAGGCAACGCUGGCCCACACUGGCCAGUACGUGUGUCAUGUCCACGAGGGUGUCCAGGACCAGAGCGCCACAGCCAACGUCAACAUCACUGUCCUCGGUGAGGAGCCAGGAAGAGACUCUCUCAAAACAAACAAUGACUGGAUAGCUUAUUAUUAAGGUUAUUUUUUAGACUGAAAGAGCAUCACUCAUAAUAUGAACCCCCAUGCACUAGGCGAGAGAGAGUUCUGUGAAAAUAAAUACAUAUUUUUUAGCAUGUAGCUAGUGAACGUCACUGAAAAUACAAACACAACAUCUGUGUUUUGUGUGAGAAAGUCAAUUAAAAUCCAAUAAUAUUGAAUUAUUAUUUUUGAUAACAUUUUAUACAAAGUGUCCAAUCUGAGAAUUGUUGUCGAAUCAGAAUCAGCACUGUAGCAAACUGCAUUUUUAUUUUUUAAAUCUGUGUUUUCCCCCCCUUACCUUUGACGUCACUUCAAAUAAUUGAACUGCAUCUAACACGCUGCAAAUUGAAAGUCAGCAGAACGUUUUUUUAAGGUUAAACCCAACAUUUUUCUCUUUCACCCUCUUUGAGGAUUGGAUGUAACCUAAGAUACCGUCAUGCCUCUGUGAAUGCUUACCCUAUUCCCACUGAGGUGUGUUAUAUUUUGGCCACGGUAGCCAAACAUGUAUAAACUGCCUUCUUCAUAGAGCCAGGGCAUGCAUGUUGUAAGUCUUUCUCUCUACAGGGCUCUGAGCCAAUACUCUGGACAGCCCAGUGGAAAUGACAGAUCCUCAUUUCAGUCUACAAACAGUUCAACCAUUUGAAUAGAUAGCUUUGUAAUCACCUCAGUCUAUACAAUAUGGACCUACUAUACUUAGCAGCUAUACUGUAAACACAGUGAUCUACACUUAAUACUCUUAUAUAGUAGUUACUUCCCUUGCCCUGGGUGCCUGUCUGUUUCAGCUUUUCAACUUCCAUUUGUCAAGCUAUUUAUUCCCUAACGCAGGCUACAUGUUCUUGCAAGAUGUCUACAGAGGUACUAUACUUAUUAUGUGGUUACUAACUAAUGACAACCUUCCUCUGUCAGAGCAAGGCUUCGUGGAGCUGAGAUCCGUCCAGGAGCGUAACAUCUCGGCCCAGCUGCACCAGAACGUAGAGCUGAGGGUGGAGAUUGAGGCCUACCCUCCUCCACGUGUGCGCUGGACCAAAGAUGAUGCCACGGUCAAUGGGGACAACACCGUCAUCACCAGGCAGGAACAUGAGACCAGGUGAGACUACCUGGACGACGAUCAAUUCUAAUCAAUUUAGAGAUUGAAUUGAUCAGAUUAGAUCAAUAGAGUGGGUUCUAUUUGUCGUUACAUUAAAGUAUAAAACAGAUCAGGCAACCGAAUUUACAAUCCCACUUGUGUGGUAUGGACGUUAGCAACUCAUUGGGUAAUUUAGGCUCUAAGAGAUGGUCUUAGUCUGUCUCUGGUUCUUGCUGGGUGUUGAGUGAUUUAGUCUUGCUGUCUGAGAGGAUUGGGUAACCUGCUGUCUAGGCUUUAUCUGCUGUUGACUGAUAGUGACUGGAUGUCUCAGGAGGUUUUAAGGUUUUAGCGAUGUUGAUGGAUUGAUUAAGAUGAACACAUUUUUCCAGGAAGACUGAACCGUUGUGAAUAAUUUCAUGACAUUUACAACUGUGUGGUUUUCCAUUACCCCUCUAUCUCAGGUACGUCAGCACGUUGACCCUGGUGAGGAUCAGGACAGAACAAAAAGGCCUCUACACCGUUCACGUCGCCAACGGAGAUGACACCAAGAAAUUGACCUUUGAUCUGGAGGUCAAAGGUGAGUCGCCUUUGCAACCAAUGUAAACCAACGUGGUGUAUCUCAGUAGUCUGUUAAGUGGUUCCUUCUCCUCCUUUACCUUUUGUCAUCAGCACUGAUUUGAAAGAACUGCAUCCACCAUGGAUGUAGCUCCAUUGCUUUCACACUCCCUAUGCUUUGAGAUCAGUGCAUAUAAAUGAGAGGUGAUAAUAAUAGAAAGUCACUUAAGACUAUUGAAAUUCCACCCUGGCUCAACAUAUACCUACACUUAUCAUCUAGAGUCAUGGGAUAUGUAUUUCCUAACCCUGUACCCCUCUCUGUGUAGUCCCCCCUCAGAUCACAGACCUGUCGGACCACCACCUCCCAGGGAAGAGGCAUGCAGUGACCUGUGUGGCUGAGGGAGUCCCCUCCCCCACCAUCCAGUGGUUCAGCUGUGACACCAUGCUCAAGUGAGUCAUGUCAUCAUCAUCAUCAUCAUCAUCAUCAUCAUCAUCAUCAUCAUCAUCAUCACACUGUUAGUGUCUGGGAUUCUGUCACACUCUGGACACUAGAGGGCAGACUUUGCUUAAACUGGUUUUAGUUUAGUUUUAGUAAUUGCAGUUUAAACUGAUGUCAGGCCAUUUGUGUUAUUAGACAGCUUCUGUACCAGAGUACAUUAGCUCACAGCCUUUACCUCAGACACACCUGAGUAGAGGUAGCAGUAGUAUUUCACCUUUACUGCUGUACUAUUGAAACACCUGUAGUAACGUUAUCAUUAUAACAUCUCUCCCAGGUGCAGUAAUCGGAGCACAGUGUGGCAGCCCCUAGUGUCAGACCCUGAGACCCUGAGCGUCCAGACCAACGUCAGCUUCAACGAGAGCCGUAAGGUGGGCCAGAUCCGCAGCCAGGUCAUCUUCCACAAGCCCCAGCAGGUGACCGUCCGCUGCGAGGCCAGCAAUGAGAGAGGACUCCGCAGGAGGGACGUCAAACUGGUGUCCAGCAGUAUGUAUCAAAAAAAUAGAACAAAAUAAUGAUGCUAUUACCAUUAUCUAAGAACAAUAUUUUAUCUAUGGGGAUUUUUGUAUUUCAGUGUGUCUCUACCUAAGGGGUUCUAUUUAUCUAAGUGCAUACUGUAACUAGACUAAGUCGUGGAGAGUUGCAGGGUGUACUGUGCAGGCUGUUGGUUCCAGUCCAGCACUAACACAGCUGAUAAAUAAUGGUUUAUGUAUAAAUAAUGGUGUGAAUGUUAAUACUAGGAACAAAUGUUCUCUGUGACUAUGUCAAUUAUGUAAUAGUUGGAUAUUAAUGUUCUGUGUUGUGUUCCAGCUUUGUUCUCCCAGGUGGCAGUGUUGGCUACGGUUCUAGCCCUGGUGGUCAUCCUCAUCAUCUCCAUCAUCGUCCUCAUCGCUGUGUGGAGGAAGGUGAGACUACACAAAGACACAGUGAACAAUGUUUAAACAACUAUGCAAAAAUGCAUUACGAUUACUAACUCACUCAUGGUAUUACAAUGUGCCUGAGUGAUUGGGUAACUCUCACUCUUGUGUGUUGCCUCAGAAGCCUCGUUACGAGAUCAGGUGGAAGGUGAUCGAGUCAGUGAGUCUGGACGGACAUGAGUAUAUCUACGUUGACCCCAUCCAUCUGCCCUAUGACCUUGCCUGGGAGAUGCCCCGAGACAGCCUGGUGCUGGGUAAGGACUAGGAACCAUGGGGGAACGGGGUACCCCCAAUCUUUAUUUGAUGGUGUAUUUAAUAGGGACAGAUGCAAGUUACAUAUUGACUGUUCUGAUUUGGGCAGUAUUUGUGUUGUGUUCCAGGUCGUACUCUGGGGUCCGGAGCAUUCGGCAGGGUGGUCGAAGCGACCGCAUAUGGUCUCGGUCAUUCCCAGUCCAGCACGAAAGUGGCAGUGAAAAUGCUCAAAUGUAAGUGAGAACAAUAAUCUUCAGCAUAGAGGUAGUUUUAAGCCUGUAUGCCAGUCUGUUUUAAUAAUAAUAAUAAUAAUAAUAUGCCAUUUAGCAGACGCUUUUAUCCAAAGCGACUUACAGUCAUGCGUGCAUACAUUUUUGUGUAUGGGUGGUCCCGGGGACCGAACCCACUACCUUGGCGUUACAAGCGCCGUGCUCUACCAGCUGAGCUACAGAGGACCACCCAUACCCAUACCCCAUGCUUUAGUUCUCUGACCUCCGACCUCUCUGUCCUCUGACCACCAGCUACGGCCAGGAGGAGUGAGACACAGGCUCUGAUGUCAGAGCUGAAGAUCAUGAGCCACCUGGGGCCUCACCUCAACAUCGUCAACCUGCUGGGGGCCUGCACCAAACAGGGUGAGCCCAUCACCACAGCAACAUUCACAAGCUCACAGCCUAAUGUCAUUAGUCUCUGAAGUCCCAGACCUAGGGCAACAGCAUGUAUGCGGGAACAUUGUUAAUGUGGGAGGCAACCCAUCUGCCUAGGGAGACUAUAACGUCGUAGCUACAAACGUUUUUUUUGACUAACUAUGUAAUCGUAUGUGUAAAUUCUUCCCCAGUGAAAAUAAAUUAUUUCCCUUUUUGUGGCGCUCAACCUCUCAGGCCCUCUCUACCUGGUGACAGAGUACUGUCGCUAUGGAGACCUGGUGGACUACUUACACAGGAACAAGCACACGUUCCUGCAGUACUACGCUGAGAAGAACCAGGAGGACUCUGGCUGCCGCAUCUCUGGAGGGAGCACUCCUCUCAGCCAGAGGAAAGGGUGAGAGCUACCUCCUCAUCUGGGGGUUCACUCAGGUUUUCGUUUGGAAGAUAAAGAAGAGGUUAGCUCUCACCCUUUCCUCUGGCUGAGUGAAACAGUGCGUGGAUCAAGUACAACCACAUAUUAAUGGGAGAAAAAAAGACAUACAUAUGUAGGAUCUUAAUUUGAUCACCCUGUUGCAGGAUAACUUUUCUGCAAUGCAGGAAAGGUAAACUUGUUGUUUAUUUGAGGUUUUAGAAGGAUUCUGAAGUUUGUCGUUUCCACUUUGAAAUUUAGUAAUUACAGUUUAGGUUUAGUUACAAAAAAUGUAUCAACCACAAAAAAAAAAUCCAUUAAUUAUAAUCCACAUAAUAAUUUGCAUUUCCUGCUGCUGCAGGAUUAUUUUCCUGCUGUAGCAAACUGGCUCAAAUUAAGAUUCUACAUCUGUAGACUUUCAGUCACAAAAAUGAGGCCAUACAGACAUAGAACUGGCCAUGUGUUUUUUUUCUCCAUUAUACAUUAUCCUAAUGUGUCCCAAAUAUCUUGGCAGCUACGUGUCAUUUGGCAGUGAGUGUGACGGUGGUUACAUGGACAUGAGUAAGGACGAGCCCACAGUGUACGUCCCCAUGCAGGAGCUGAAAGACACCAUCAAAUACGCUGACAUCCAGGCUUCUCCAUAUGAGUCUCCCUACCAGCACGACCUUUACCAGGAACAAGGUACAGAGUCCAAGAAAUACAGAGCCAUAACAAAGCCCAAGCGUACUGUAUACUUUGUAUACUUUAGGUCUAUGAUAUGCCAAACAUAUGGGAAGCACAUGAGAUCAAGAAAGGACAGGAGGAUGGGAAAGGACAGUUUUAUUGUUUAUUUUACCUACAGAAGCCUCUAUGUAUACCUUAUGAUCCCUUAUUGAUGUCACUUGUUAAAUCCACUUCAAUCAGUGUAGCUGAAGGGGAGGAGACAGGUUAAAGAAGGAUUUUUAAGCCUUGAGGCAGUUGAGACAUGGAUUGUGUAUGUGUGCCAUUCAGAGGGUGAAUGGGCAAGACAAAAUAUUUAAGUGCCUUUGAACGGGGUAUGGUAGUAGGUGCCAGGCGCACCGGUUUGUGUCAAGAACUGCAAUGCUGCUGGGUUAUUCACGCUCAACAGUUUCCCGUGUGUAUCAAGAAUGGUCCACCACCCAAAGGACAUCCAGCUAACUUGACACAACUGUGGGAAGCAUUGGAGUCAACAUGGGCCAGUAUCCCUAUCUUCCUACUAUCGAGGUGUACCCCAUUCAAGGACACUUAAAUACUUUGUCUUGCCCAUUCACCCUCUGAAUGGCACACAUACACAAUCCAUGUCUCAAUUGUCUCAAGGUUUAAAAAUCCUUCUUUAACCUGUCUCCUCCCCUUCAUCUACACUGAUUGAAGUGUAUUUAACAAGUGACAUCAAUAAGGGAUCAUAACUUUCACCUGGAUUCACCUGGCCAGUCUGUCAUGGAAAGAGCAGGUGUUCUUAAUGUUUUGUAUACUCACCUGAAAAUCUAUUCACCUUUACGUUGUCUCUCUUUUUGACCUCAUUAAUGAACCCUUCAAUCCAUGUCUCUGCUCUAUCUCCAGACCAGAACACAGUGGACUCUGCCCUGUUCAUCAGUGACUCUACCACCCUCAGCUAUUCUGACCUCAUCGGCUUCAGCUACCAGGUGGCCAAGGGCAUGGAGUUCCUCGCCUCCAAGAACGUAUGUAAUGUUCUAUUUAUUCAGCCUUUAUUUAUUACAUGGAAUCUAAAGUGCAGUAGAUAUGGAUAUAGAAUGUACUUCAGCAUCAAUAGUUAAUGUCCCGUCUGACCUUGGCUUCCUGUAACCCUGAUGUUUAAAUGGGCAAUCAGCAGUUGAAACAAUAACAAAGCAUCUUCACCGUCACUGUUUUGGUUAAAAGCUGAUCGAUGGGCUUGGAGAAAUGUAACCUCUCUCAAAUAGACAGAGUUAUGGAUGCAACAACUGAUAUAAAAUGAUAGUUUGAUAUAUACACUGAACAAAAAUAUAAACGCAACAUGUAAAGUAUUGGUCCCAUGUUUCAUGAGCUGAAAUAAAAGAUCCCAGACAUUUUCCAUAUGCACAAAAAGCUUAUUUCUCUCAAAUGUUGUGCACAAAUUUGUUUACAAGUUUACAAAAGGCCACUGUAAAAUGUGCAGUUUUGUCACACAACACAAUGCCACAGAUGUCUCAAGUUUUGAGGGAGUGUGCAAUUGGCAUGCUGACUGCAGUAAUGUCCACCAGAGCUGUUGCCAGAGAAUUGAAUGUUAAUUUCUCUACCAUUUUAGAGAAUUUGGCAGUACGUCCAACCGGCCUCACAACCGCACGUGUAUGGCGUUGUGUUUGAGCAUCAUAAUGUACGGCUCCAUGUCACAACAAUCUGUACACAAUUCCUGGAAACUUCCAUGGCCUGCAUACUCAUCAGACAUGUCACCCAUUGAGCAUAUUUCAGUUCCAGCCAUUAUCCAGCAACUAAGCACAGCCAUUGAAGAGGAGUGGGACAACAUUCCACAGGCCACAAUCAACAGCCUGAUCAAAUCUAUGCGAAGGAGAUGUGUGGUGGUCACACCAUAUACUGAAUGGUUUUCUGAUCCCCACACCCAUACCUUUUUUUUAAGGUAUCUGUGACCAACAUAUGCAUAUCUGUAUUCCCAGUCAUGUGCAAUCCAUAGAUUAGGGCCUAAUUUAUUUAUUUCAUUUAACUGAUUUACUUAUAUGAACUGAACCUCAGUAAAAUCUUUGAAAUUGUUUCGUGUUGCAUUUAUAUUUUUAUUCAGUAUAUAUAUAGUUGAAGUCGGAAGUUUACAUACACUUAGGUUGGAGUCAUUCAAACUCGUUUUUCAACCACUUCACAAAUUUCUUGAUAACAAACUAUAGUUUUGGCAAGUCGGUUAGGACAUCUACCUUGUUAGGACAUCUACCAUCUAUCUAAUUACCUUGUAAUUUUUCCAACAAAUGUUUACAGACAGAUCAUUUCACUUAUAAUUCACUGUAUCACAAUUCCAGUGGGUCAGAAGUUUACAUACACUAAGUUGACUGUACCUUUAAACAACUUGGAAAAAUCCAGAAAAUGAUGUCAUGGCUUUAGAAGCUUCUGAUAGGCUAAUUGACAUCAUUUGAGUCAAUUGGAGGUGUACCUGUGUAUGUAUUUCAAGGCCUACCUUCAAACUCAGUACCUCUUUGCUUGACAUCAUGGGAAUAUCAAAAGAAAUCAUCCAAGACCUCAGAAAAAAGUAUGGUUCAUCCUUGGGAGCAAUUUCCAAAUGCCUGAAGGUACCACGUUCAUCUAUAAAAAUAAUAGUACGCAAGUAUAAACACCAUGGGACCAUGCAGCCGUCAUACCGCUCAGGAAGGAGACGCGUUCUGUCUCCUAGAGAUGAAUGUACUUUGGUGCGAAAAGUGCAAAUCAAUCCCAGAACAACAGCAAAGGACCUUGUGAAGAUGCUAGAGGAAACAGGUACAAAAGUAUCUAUAUCCACAGUAAAACGAGUCCUAUAUCGACAUAACCUGAAAGGCCGCUCAGCAAGGAAGAAGCCACAGCUCCAAAACUGCCAUAGAAAAGCCAGACUACGGUUUGCAACUGCACAUGGGGACAAAGAUCGUACUUUUUGGAGAAAUGUCCUCUGGUCUGAUGAAACAAAAAUAGAACUGUUUGGCCAUAAUGACCAUCGUCAUGUUUGGAGGAAAAAGGUGGUUGCUUGCAAGCCGAAGAACACCAUCCCAACCGUGAAGCACGGGGGUGGCAGCAUCAUGCUGUGGGGGUGCUUUGCUGCAGGAGGGACUGGUGCACUUCAUAAAAUAGAUGGCAUCAUGAGGAAGGAAAAUUAUGUGGAUAUAUUGAAGCAACAUCUCAAGACAUCAGUCAGGAAGUUAAAGCUUGGUCGCAAAUGGGUCUUCCAAAUGGACAGUGACCCCAAGCAUACUUCCAAAGUUGUGGCAAAAUGGCUUAUGUAUAACAAAGUCAAGGUAUUGGAGUGGCCAUCACAAAGCCCUGACCUCAAUCGUAUAGAACAUUUGUGGUUAGAACUGAAAAAGUGUGUGCGAGCAAGGAGGCCUACAAACCUGACUCAGUUAAACCAGCUCUGUCAGGAGGAAUGGGCCAAAAUUCACCCAACUUAUUGUGGGAAGCUUGUGGAAGGCUACCCGAAACGUUUGACCCAAGUUAAACAAUUUAAAGGCAAUGCUACCAAAUACGAAUUGAGUGUAUGUAAACUUCUGACCCACUGGGAAUGUGAUGAAAGAAAUAAAAGCUGAAAUAAAUCAUUCUUAAAAUAAAGUGGUGAUCGUAACUUACCUAAGACAGGGAAUUUUUACUAGGAUUAAAUGUCAGAAUUGUGAAAAACUGAGUUUAAAUGUAUUUGGCUAAGGUGUAUGUAAACUUCCAACUUCAACUGUAAAAAAUUAUACAUUAAAUACAAUUAUUUGAUAUCAACAACAACAACAAAUUGAGGCUAUACAGUGUUUGUUUACAUACAUUUGGUUUACAAACAUUGGAGUAAAACAAUCUUAUAUUUUGGGUCCUGAUGGGGUACAGAAUCCAUUGGUGGAAGAAGUACCCAAUUGUCAUACUUGAGUAAAAAUAAAGAUACCUUAAUAGAAAAUGAAUCAAGUAAAAGUGAAAGUCAUCCAAUAAAAUACUACUUGAGAAAAAGUCAAAGUAUUUGGUUUUAAAUAUAAAAAUAUAUAUACUUAAGUAUCAAAAGUAAAAGUAAAUGUAUAACUCAUUUCAAAUUCCUUAUAUUAAGCAAACCAGAUGGCACCAUUUUCUUGUUUCUUUUUUAUUUACGGAUAACCAGGGGCAUACUCCAACAAAGCAUUUGUGUUUAGUGAGUCCUUCACAUCAGAGGCAGUAGAGAUGCCAGGCAUGUUCUCUUGAAAAGUCCGUGAAUUGGACCAUUUUCCUGUCCUGCUAAGCAUUCAAAAUGUAACUAGUACUUUUGGGUGUCAGGGAAAAUGUAUGGAGUAAAAAGUACAUUAUUUUUUUUAGGAAUGUAGUGAAGUAAAAGUAGUUUUACUUAAGUACUUUACACCACUGACAGAAUCAGAAUCCCUUUUACUGUCCUACAAGAGGAAAAUCUUGGCACAGCUUACACAGGAAUACCUAAAACAAAUAUGAAAACACAGAAGAAACAAACAACAGUGUUGGUGAUGCUUACAGAGGACUGGGUGUUAUCUAUCCUCACGGCCUGAGGUCUGCCACUUCAACAGUUGUGGAUCCAGCGAAUGAUGUUGGGAGAUACGUCCAGGUUAUUGAGCUUCUGGAUCAUAGUGUGUCGUUGGAUGGUGUUGAAGGCAGAGCUGAAAUCCACGAACGGGAUGUGUGCGUAAUUUCCCAUUCCCUCCAUGUGUUCCAGCAGCCUGUGCAGCCUGCAGACCACCGUGUCAUCAAUUCCUCUCCCCGCUUAGUAACAAACUGGUAGGGAUCAAGGGAGGAGUGAAGGGUGGGUAGUAGUAGGAUGUUAAGAACCAGUCUUUCCAAGAAAAUCAUGAUCAGUGACGUGAGAGCAACUGGCCGGUUGAACUCAGUCGGGGUAGACAUUUUAUGAAUGGGGAAUGGGGACGAUGGUAGAUGUUUUCCAUAGGGUGGGGAUUGUGCCAGUGGAGGGGAGUCAGUGAAGUGGAGGGCAUCCAGCAGGUUCUCACAGAUUCUGGAUCAUAGUGGGUAUCAAAACGUGGAUAACAAAACGUGAGAAGUAGUGGUUGAGGUCGUUGGACAAGGCGAUUGGGUCAUCAUGGGCAGGUGGAGAUGGUUUGUCAGAGUAGCCUGCCAACUUCCUGACUUUUUGAAAGGCCUGCUUAGCGUUCAUGUUGCUGAAUUCCUCCACCUUCUCCUUGUACCUUAGUUUGCUCAUUAGAUGGCAUGUUUGAGGGAGCUGUUCAGUUGGCGUAGGGACUGCAUAUCCCGAUGGGAGAACGCAAACUUCUUCAUGCUUAAUGCGUUUUUGAUCUCACCAUUAAUCAAUGGUUUGUCGUUCGGAAAUACCCUGGUGGUUCUUGUGGAUAUCACACAGUUUAUACAGAACUUUAUACUGUCCGUUAUUGUGGUACGCAUUUCAUCAAAAAUGAAUGUAGCAACUGCAGAUUGCCCUUUUAACCCUCUCCUCCCCAGUGUGUCCAUCGUGACCUGGCCGCCAGGAACGUGUUGAUCUGUGAGGGGAAACUGGUGAAGAUCUGUGACUUUGGCCUAGCCAGAGACAUCAUGCACGACUCCAACUACAUCUCCAAAGGCAGCGUGAGUGGCAGGGUCACUCAUACACAUACACAUACACAUGAAAUAACACAACGUUUGAAAGAUAACAGUAAAACACCAUUUAAACACCAUAAAUUACAACUUUCAACCGACUUAAAUUGUAAGCUAUAACUGCUGCUGUAACCUACCUCUCAGUACCUUGCUGAUGCUAACAUUAUCUCUAAUUCUGGCCCUUUCAGACGUUCCUGCCCUUGAAGUGGAUGGCCCCAGAGAGUAUCUUCCAUAACCUGUACACCACCCUGAGUGACGUGUGGUCCUACGGCAUCCUCCUCUGGGAGAUCUUCACCCUUGGUACGUGGACGGGAAACGGAAUCCAUUCAUUAUUAACUGAUAGAUCGAAGACGAGAUUACUGUUUGAUUAAACCGAAACAACCCAUUAACUGGAAUUAAUUCAGAAAUAUCAGUAGUAGCAUGAGCAGAACUUUUGAUUAGAUUACCUCGUUUAUUUAAUGUAUGUUAGUAUAGAGGUUUCAAAAGGCUGUCAAUACCGUGUUUAAACAGACAGGCAAUAAAGUUGUCUUAUGAGGACAAGACGAUCAGCUUGUCUAAUCCUGAGUCUAUUUAGGGUCAGAUGAGGUCUUGUUGUUAUUAGCUACAGUCAGGGUUUAUUAUCAAUUCAUUUUGGGAUUUUUACAAAUGCUUUUGGAAGUGCCGUGACAAGAAGAGUACCUAUUGAGAAGUGGUUAAUUUGGCGUGAAACCGCGUGAACGUUUUUCAUGGUAAACAAAAUAGGACAGGAUUCUGGUAUAAUUCGAGAUCUGAGAACUUUUGGACACUGCUGGUUCAGCAUGACUUCAACAGAUCAGCCUUUAAAUAUUUGAAUGGUUGAUCUUUUAACAGGAGGAACCCCUUACCCUGACCUUCCAAUGAAUGAGCUGUUUUACAGUGCCUUAAAGAGAGGCUAUCGCAUGGCCAAACCUAACCACGCCACAGACGAAGUGUAAGUCUCUACCAUCACUCUCAAACACCUCUCUCUAAUCAUGUCUUCUGUCAGUGUUCUUUUUUAGUGACAUGUUCAGUUAAAAUGUUCAACUAAGGAAGUAAUUCUGUCCUCCAGUUAUGAAGUGAUGCAGAAGUGCUGGGAUGAGAAGCAUGAGAAGAGGCCAGAGUUCUCCUUUCUGGUGCACACCAUGGGGAACAUGCUCACUGACAGCUAUAAAAAGGUAUCCUAUUAAUAUAGGAGUUUUUCCCUUUACACAAUGCAUCUGAGGACAAACAGUAUUUCCACGUCCACCUAUGAAAACUAUCAAUGUUUUUGCAAAAUGCAUCAUACGGGGAUGAUUUCUGUAUUUUGAAAGUUACAUAUCUUAAAAACUUGAUUGCUGACAAGCAAAACAUUUUGGGACUAUGUCAACAAUGGACUAACGAAACAAAUACCAAAAGAUAGUUUUUGGGUGGAGUUUUCCUUUAAGUGUGUAUUGACUAUGGACAGAUCUAACAUUGAUCACUGAGAUGUAUCUAAUUGACUAUAAUUAUUGGUACAGAGAUACUGCCAGGUCAACGACGAGUUCUUUAAGAGUGACCACCCGGCCGUGGUCCGCACCAAACCCAGGCUCUCCUCCCCCUUCCCCACCCCAGCCAUCACCCCCUCCACCGCCCCUGACACCCCCCAGGACCUCAACCCCUACCCCCUAACUGGAGACUUUAGACCGGAGGCAGAUGGAGAGGAAGUGACGGCCUCCUACAACGACUACAUCAUCCCCAUCCCGGACCCCAAGCCUGAGGAGGAAGUCUUCUCCGAGGCCAACAGCUUGCCAACGGAAAGCCCCGCGAGGUAUGGCUGUCUAACAUACUUCCUGACUACAAACACUGACUGACUGACUGACUGACUGACUGACUGCAGAUGUGUGCCAAGUGCUGAGCAUGCUGGAAGAUAAGGCAUAUUUACUCUAGAGGACCUUGUAUCAUUACAACACCAACCCACACAGCCAUAUGCGCGAUUGAGACAAAAGCUGUUUUAUCUUACCAUGUGUACUGAGUGUACAAAACAUUAAGAACACCUUCCUAAUAUUGAGUUGCACCCUGCACCCCCCUCUUUUGCCCUUAGAACAGCCUCAAUUCGUCGGGGCAUGGACUCUACAAGGUGUCGAAAGCGUUCCACAGGGAUGCUGGCCCAUGUUGACUCCAAUGCUUCCUACAGUUGUGUCAAGUUGGCUGGAUGUCCUUUGGGUGGUGGACCAUUCUAGAUACAUACGGGAAACUGUUGAGGGUGAAAAACCCAGCAGCGUUGCAGUUCUUGACAUAAAUCGGUGCGCCUGGCACCUACUACCAUACUCCGUUCAAAGACACUUAAGUAUUUUGUCUUGCCCAUUCACCAUCUGAAUGGCACACAUACACAAUCCAUGUCUCAAUUGUCUCAAGGCUUAAAAAUCCUUCUUUAACCUGUCUCCUCCCCUUCAUCUCUCUACACUGAUUGAAGUAGAUUUAACAGGUGACAUCAAUAAGGGAUCAUAGCUUUCACCUGGAUUCACCUGGUCAGUCUGUCACGGAAAGAGCAGGUGCUCAUAAUGUUUUGUACACUCAGUGUUACAUUUUGAGGAUUUUGCAUUACCUAUAAGGAUUGUGCAUACAGUACACAGGAUAUUUCAACUGAAACCUCAGACAAGCAAAGCUGGCUUAAAUAUGAUAGUUUAGGUUUUACAUAGUUUGGAUUUGUGGCGCAAUGCUGUGCUCAAAGUAUAGUUUUUACCUAAAAUCCCACGUUUGUUUCUAAAGGAACGUGUGUUGUUAUUCCCUGUAGUUCUCUGGCUCUGGAGGAGGACGGAGCUGAUUCCAUCUCCCAGGAGACAGCAGAGGCAGACACCAUUCCAGAAGAGGACGGUCUCCAUGCCAACCAGGCUCUGAUUCCACUGGAAUCUUCUGGAACACCGGAAGUGGAAGACAGCUUCCUGUAG